AUGUCUUAUACCGCACAACUUGACGCGUUUGUGUCGAGACUCAAUGAAAGUGGUGAUGAUUAUAUAACAAAACAUUCAAUACUAUCAGAAUUACUAGAUACAAUAGAAUCAUUUAAUGGAGCAGCAGAAUAUGAAUACUUCCUCAAGAAUCUAAUACCGAAAUUUAUCAAAGAACUUGAAGAAGUUCCAAUCUCGUUUAAUUCUACAAGUCCUGAACAUAAAUUAAGAAAUAGUAUAUUGGAAAUUAUACAUAGAUCAAUUAUGAAUGAAACGUUCCAACCAUUUGCAGAACAAAUCUUGGAUGCAUUAACUAAAAUACUAGUUGAAGAAAAUGAAGAUAAUGGAGUAUUAUGUAUGAAGAUAAUAACAAGUUUACAUAAAACUUACAAGGCAAAUUUAUCAGAAAAAGUAACACCAUUUAUCGAAGUUAUGGAAAAAAUUUAUGAUAAUAUGGAUGAAACUGUUAAGGAAGUUUUCGUUGAAGAUUCUUCAAUAGACGAAGAAGAUAAAGAAAUGUCACCUUUCAAUGAUGAAACUCCUUCGAAAACUUUAAGAAAAGCUAUGUAUUCAUUCAAAACAUUAGCUGAAUGUCCAAUAACUAUGGUUUCACUUUAUUCAUCCUACAAACCAUUAGCUGCAACUUCAAUACCCCAGUUUUUACCUAAAAUCAUUCAUAUUUUACAAUUACAAGUAGAACAACAAAAAUUAUACCAUGAAGAAUCAGAAAAUAAAAUAGUUACUUCAGUAUCACCAAAUAUUAAAAAUAGACAAGCAUAUAGUGAUUUCAUAUUGGGACAAGUUAAAGCAGCAUCAUUUUUAGCAUAUGUAUUCAUAAGAGGUUAUGCUAGUCAAUUUAUGAAACCAGAAGAAAGUCAAUGUGUACCUGAUGUAAUACUUCGAUUAUUACAAGAUUGUCCUGCUGAAUUAUCAGUUGCAAGAAAAGAAUUAUUACAUGCUACAAGACAUAUAUUAUCAACUCCCUUCAGAACACAAUUCAUACCCAAAUUAGAAUUAUUGUUUGAUGAAAAAAUUUUGAUUGGUGAUGGUUUAACUUCAUUUGAAACUUUAAGACCUUUAGCAUAUUCAACAGUAGCUGAUUUUAUUCAUAAUGUAAGAAAUGAAUUGACACCACCACAAAUAUGGUCUACUGUAAACAUUUAUUGUGGAUUAUUAAAAGAUGAUACAUUAGCAUUAACUGUACAAAUAAUGAGUGCAAAAUUAUUAUUAAAUUUAGUUGAAAAAAUUAUGAAAUUACCUAAUAAAUUGGAAGGUAGGCAAUUGUUUUUAAUUAUUAUUGAUUCAUAUGCUAAGAGAUUUGAAAGUUUAAAUCGUAAAUAUAAUUUCAUCAUAGCAAAACAUAAUGAAUAUGAAAAGAAGAAAUUAGUGAAAGAAAAAGAAUCCAAAAAGGCAAUAGAAAGAUAUUCAUCCAAAAAACAUCCAAUUCAAGAAGAAGAAAAAGCUGAUGAAGUUAAUGAUGAAAUGGAUCUAGAUAAAGAAGAAGCAAAAGAAGAAGCAGAUCCAAAAGUUGACGACGAAUUAGGACUAAAUAUCUUCAAUAUUGACUCAUAUUCACCAAUAGCUACAGUUCCAAUUGCAACUAAUACAGAUGUGUUAAAAGAUGCAAGGUAUCUAUUCAGAACUUUAAUGACAUUUCUUAAAUCAGUAAUAUUUGGAUUAAAAAAUUGUAAUCCACCCGUACCACCUCAACCUCAACCAGAUCAACAACAACAACAAGUCAAUUAUGAUAAAUGGAAUGAUUCUGCAAAAUUAACAUCAGUAGAAGAAGUCAAUAUUUUAAGAGCAUUAUUUAGAGGAGGUAUAAGUUGUCUACGAUUCUUUUCAGUUUCAAAACCAAAACCGAUUGUAUCACAAAAGACUUUUGAUUUUUCAACUGGUGGUCCAAAUUUACCUAUAACUUCAUCAAAAGAUGAAAAAGAUUUAAUGGAAAUAUUUGCAACUAUUUUUAUACACAUAGAUCCGGCUUCAUUUAAUGAAAUUGUUAGUUCAGAAUUACCUUUUAUGUUUGAAUCAAUGUUGGACAAUGCAGCUUUACUACAUUUACCUCAAUUUUUCUUAGCUAGUGAAGUUACAUCAGCAAAUUUUUCAAGUAUAUUGAUAUCAUUUUUGAAAAGUAAAUUGGAUCAAUUAGGUAAUGCAGAUUUAAUCAAGUCAAAUAUUUUGAUCAGAUUGUUCAAGUUAUGUUUUAUGUCUGUCAAUCUUUUUCCAACUACAAAUGAAGCUGUAUUAUUACCUCAUUUAAACUAUCUAAUAUUAGAAUCAUUGAAAUUGGGAACUAAAGCUGAAGAACCAAUCGUAUAUUCAUACUUAGUCAGGAUUUUAUUCAGAAGUAUAAGUGGUGGAAGAUUCGAAAAUUUAUACAAAGAGAUUAUGCCAAUAUUACCAGUACUUUUGGAAAAUUUAAAUAAAAUGAUUGCAAAUGCAAGAAGACCAUAUGAAAGAGAUAUAUAUGUUGAAUUAUGUUUAACUGUUCCUGUAAGAUUAUCAGUUUUAGUACCUCAUUUGAGUUACCUAACUCGUCCCUUAGUUUAUGCACUAAAUGGUUCACAAGAAUUAGUAAGUCAAGGUUUACGUACUUUUGAACUAUGUGUUGAUAAUUUAACAGCUGAAUAUUUUGAUCCAAUGAUAGAACCAGUAAUUGAUGAUAUAAUGGCAGCAUUAUGGAAACAUUUAGAACCUGUUCCAUAUCAUCAUCAACAUAGUCAUACUGCUAUUAGAAUUUUGGGUAAAUUAGGUGGUAGAAAUCAUAAACAAAUUAAACCAUGUGAUAAUUUACAAACUCAAUCUGAUAUUGAUCAAGAAAUUAAAGCAUUAGUACAAAUAUACGGUCUUAAUGAUAAAGUCCCAGUAUCUGUGACUCCGGGUGUUGAAUCAGCAAUAAAAUUAUUAGAUGAUCCGAGACUAAAAAUUCAUUAUAGAAUUAGUGCAUUCAAAUACCUUGCAAGUAUAUUAAAAUUAUUCAUUAAUACAAAUCCUAUUCCAGAAAAUUUUGUUCAAUAUGCGCAAGAAAGUGUUGAAUUUUUAAAACUACAAGAUAAAGAAGUUGAUAUAAAACUAAAUCCACUGGAUAUAAAAGAUGUUGAAAAAUUAGAUCGUCAACAACAAUUAUUCGCAAAAUUAUUAGAAAUGUUAUUUUUUUCAGUAUCAAUUCCAGAAUUAAAAGAUGAAGCCACUGAAUUAAUUGAUGGAUUAACUAUUCAUUUUACAUUGUUACAUCUUACUACAUCAGUUAUUGAAAAAGUUAAAAAAGAACGUAAAUUUUCAGUCAAUGAUAAUGAAGGUAAAGCAUAUAUUAGUGAAAAUGCAUUUUUAAGUGCUAUCACAUAUGCUUUAAGUUUUUGGGAUAAAGACGUUAGAGAAAAAGGUAUAGAUACAAUCAAAAAGAUAUAUGAAACCACCGUGACUUUAUUUGGAUCAGAAGAAAGUGCUUUGCAUUCAUUAAUUUUCAGAUCAAUGUUCUAUAAAUUCACUCAUUGUUGUUAUAAUGAAUAUUAUCAUACAAAAUUAGGUGGUGUAAUUGGUCUUAAAACAAUGUUUCAUGAUUUAAGAAUAGCUCCAAAUUGGUUUUAUAAAAGACAGUUUGAGUUAGCAAGAUCCAUUUUUUUCAUACUAAGGGAUACUCCAGAAACUGCUCCAUUUGAGGUACGUGAAUCCGCUAAAGUUUUGUUAUUAGAUCUACUAAAAACUUGUAAUAAUGAUUUAACUAAAGAGACAGUUAUGGAAAAACCUUUCCAAACUUUGGUAGGUGCAUUAGUAUAUGAUUUAGCAAGUCCAACUCCAAUGGUUAGAGAAGUUGCACAAGAAUGUUUAAAAGUUUUGUCGGAUGUUACUUCAGUACCUAUUGCAUCAAUUAUUGGUCCAUGUAAACAUUUACUAUUAACUCCAAUAUUUGGUAAACCUUUGAGAGCUUUGCCUUUCCCUAUGCAAAUUGGUAAUAUUGAUGCAAUUACAUUUUGUUUAGCAUUACCAGAUACAUUUUUAAGUUUCAAUGAAGAAUUGAAUAGAUUAUUAUUGGAAGCUUUAGCAUUAGUUGAUGCUGAUGAUGAUUCAUUAGCAAAUGUUCAUCGUUUAAGUGAAUACAGAACUUCAAAACAAUUAAUUGAACUUCGUGUUGUUUGUAUUAAAUUAUUAUCAUUAGCAUUAUCAAAACCUGAUUUUUCAAUUGGUACCUUAGCUGAAGCUAGAAUCAGAAUUUUGGGUGUCUUUUUCAAGGCAUUAUGUAAUAAAUCAACAGAAAUUAUUAAUGCUGCUCAUCAAGGUUUAGCAUCAAGUUUACAAGAAAAUGCAAAGUUACCAAAAGAAUUAUUACAAAACGGUUUACGUCCAAUGUUGAUGAAUUUAUCAGAUCAUAAAAAAUUAACAGUAUCAGGAUUAGAAGCCUUAGCUAGAUUAUUAGAGUUAUUGAUUUCAUAUUUUAGAGUUGAAAUUGGUAGAAAACUACUAGAUCAUUUAAUGGCUUGGGCUCAAAUAAAUACAUUAAGACAAAUUGCUGGUCAAAAUCUUGAUAAUAAUCAUACUGUUCAAAUUGUUAUGGCUAUUUUAAAUAUUUUCCAUUUACUACCGGCUAAAGCUUAUACAUUUAUGGAAGAAAUUAUAAAUACUUUACAAUAUUUAGAAGGUCAUUUAGAUCGUCAUCAAGAUUCUCCUUUUAGAAAACCAAUUUCAAAAUUCCUUAAUAGAUUUGCAGAAAACUGUGUUGAGUAUUUGAUAAAAAAUUUCAAAAAUCGUAAAUUAGGAAAUAUGCUUGCAUCAAUUGCGGGAAUGGAUGGUUGUGAAAAUAUUCGUAAAACAGCAGAAGAGAAAUUUUCAGUAUUAAUCGAUGAAGUUAAAAAUGAAACUGAUCCAGAAGUUAAAGUUGUUAAAUUUGCAAAUAUUAUUGAUUUAACUGAUGCCAUAGCUAAAUACGAUAAAGAAUGGUUCAAUGGUCAAAAGGAUUUAUUAAUUACAUUAUCCGAAUUUUUAGAAGAUGCUCAUGAAAUAAGUACUGCUCCUGUUUUAUCCGCAGCUCAUUUUCAAAAUGAUCAAGCUAUUAUCAAAUUACAACAUCUUGCUGUUGAUUUUGUCAAAAAUAACGAAAAAGAAUUUGAUUUGAUCUUUGUCAUUAUCAACCGUCUUUGUAAAUUGAAAUAUAAAAUAUCAAAUGAAUUAGAAGAUUUCAUAUUUAAUGAUAUUGUUUCAACAGAUAAUCUUGAAUUAAAGAAAUUGUAUUUAAAUAAGUCUGUUGAAUUCAUCAGUGAUUCAGAACCAUGCUUAAAAUCAAAAAUACUUAUCUUGAAGAAAGUUUUCAAUCCUAUUUUUAUUUACGAAUCAGUCAAAAAUAAUGAUGUGUCAAAAUUAUUUGAAGGUGUUACAUGGGUAGAUACUUUUGAUCAAAAUGUUUGGAAAUCUACAAAUGACAUUAUCACAAAUCAUACUUCUGGUGCAAUGGACAGUUAUAGAUAUGCACUUUUGGAAGUUACUGCAUUAUUAUUAAAAUUAGCGCCAUCGCACAUAAAUGACUUACGUAAAGAUAUAAUCAAAUUCAGUUGGAAUUACAUUAGAUUAGAUGACAACAUCACCAAACAAGUUGCAUAUGUUACAACAUCAUACUUCAUAUCAGCUUACGAUACACCAGGAAAAUUAGCAACACAAGUAUUUGUCGCAUUGUUACGAACACAUCAAACUGAUUCAAGACAUUUAGUAAGACAAGCCUUAGAUAUACUAGCUCCGGUAAUGUCAGAUAGAAUGAAAGAUGUUGAUUCUUGGUUAAAAUGGCCUCGUCGUAUCAUAUCAGAAGAUGGAUUUAAUGUAACUCAAGUUUUAAAUGUUUAUCAAUUCAUUAUUCAACAUCCUGACUUAUUUUUUGUUGCGAGAGAACAUUUUGUUUCUAAUAUUAUUACUGCUAUGGGUAAAUUAACCAUAUUGGCAAAUCCAGCUAUAGAAAAUCAAGUGUUGGCAAUUGAAUUGGCAGAAUUGAUUUUAUAUUGGGAAAGAAAAGCUAAAGACUUGAAAAAAGAUGAAGAAAAAGAUGGAAAAAUUGAAGAAGUGCAAGAAGCAGUUGAUGGAGAAACUAAAGAGGAAAUCGAAGGUGCUGAAGCAAAAGAAGAUGGUGAAGUUGAAGGUGAAGAAUCUAAAGAAGAAACUAAAGAAUCAGAAGAACCAGCUGACGAAGCUAUGGAGGAAGCUGACUCCAAACCUGAAAUUGAAGUUCAAGAUGAUGUUAAAGUUGAAAGUGAUUUUACUACUUCACCAAAUUAUACAAUUCCAUUUGGUCAAAGAGAAGCUUGUGUUACAUUUUUAAUCAGAUAUGUUUGUAUUAGUCCUCAAAGAGCUUCUGAAAGUGAAUUAGGUCAAAAGGCAUUAGGUAUAUUAUAUGAUUUAUUAAGUCCUGAACAUUGGCCAGAAGUUACAGUUAAAUUAAGCUUUUUUGAAAAAUUUUUAUUAUCAAAUGACUUAAACUCAAAUAAUUUAUUGGGUUAUUGUUUAAAUGCAUUGGAAGUAUUAGGCGUUGUUUUGGAAUGGAAAAAUUCAGAAUGGAUUGUUUCUAAUUUAUCAUAUUUACAAAAACUACUUGAAAAAUGUAUUAAAUCUGAUAAUCAUGAUAUUCAAGAAAUUUUACAAAGAGUUUUGUGUACUAUAUUAGAAGCAAUUAAUCAACAAAAGAAGUCAGAGGAUGAAGAAGAAGAAGAGGAUGAUGUUAAAGAAUUUAUCAAUUUAUUGACUACAUCAGUAUCCGAAGAUUUAGGUGAUAUGCCAUCAUUUGCAGCAGGUGUUACUUUAUCUUGGACAUUAGCUCAAUAUAGACCAGCAACAUUGGAUCCUUUGUUACCUACUAUUAUGAAAACAUUCAGUAAGUUAUGUAAAGAUCAUAUUACAAUCACUCAUCAGGGAGCUCAAUCAAAAGAUAAUACAAAUGCAGAAUUUGAAGCUAAAAUGACAACUAAAUUAUUAGAAAAAAUAUUGAAUUUAUGUUCAAUGAGAAUUUCAAAUUUAGGUGAUCAAAGACGUAUAUUUUUAUCAUUAUUGGCUCAAUUAAUUGAAAGAAGUUUGGAUAAAGAUACACUUGAAAAAAUAAUUAAAAUCGUCAAAAAUUGGGUCUUUUCAAGAACUGAUUUAUUCCCAACAACAAAAGAAAAAGCAGCUAUAUUAUCUAAAAUGAUGGUUUUUGAAGUAAGAGGUGAACCUACGUUAUCAAAAGAAUUUUAUCAAAUUGUCGUUGAUAUUUUUGAAGAUGAUUCUUUUAGUUGUACUGAAUUGACUGUUCGUAUGGAACAACCAUUUAUGGUAGGUACAAGAUCUACUGAUGUUUCUAUAAGAACUAAAUUAUUGUCAAUUUUAAAUAAUAGUUUGGAAAAAGAUAUUUCCAAAAGAUUGUAUUAUGUUAUAAGAGAACAAAACUGGGAGUAUUUGGCUGAUUAUCCAUGGUUAAAUCAGGCUUUACAAAUUAUAUUUGGUGCUUUUAAUUUCGACAAUAAGAUUGAAUUUGUCGCUGAUGAAAACAAAUUAGCUCCAAUUGAAACUAUUGAACUUCCAAAAUUUACAUCUGAUGAUGAUAAGAUGGAAGUUGAUUCAAAUGAAAAAUUGGACGAAGUGUUGAAAGUUCAUUCUGAAUUUUUGAACAAAAUAGGUGAAUUAAAAGCUGGUGAUGUUUUUGAACCUCUAAUUGAUAUGUUUUAUCAAAGUAGUGAAUCAAUUCAUAAAACUUGGUCUACAAUAUUCCCAAUUGUUUUUAAAUCUAUACCAAGAUCAGAACAUUUAGAUUUUACAAGGUUUUUGGUCAUAUUAUUAUCUAAAGAAUAUCACACUCGUCAAAUUGACAUGAGACCAAACGUUAUUCAAUCUUUAUUAGAAGGUAUUGCAAAAUGCUAUGAUUUACAGUUACCGCCUUUCGCAAUUGAAUGUUUGGCUGCUAAUUAUGGAGCUUGGUCUCAAGGUUUACAAUUACUAGAACAAAUAAAUGAAGAAUCAAUUAAUGCUAAUGCUGACGUCCGUGAAGUUGUUCAAGAUGCUUUAACAAAACUUUAUGCAACAUUGAAAGAAGAUGAUAUGUUCUAUGGUAUAUGGAGGAGAAGAGCUAAAUAUACUGAAACAAUUAGUGCAUUAUCAUAUGAACAAAUGGGACUUUGGGAUAAAGCUCAACAAUUAUAUGAAACAGCUCAAAUCAAAGCUAGAAGUGGUGCAUUACCAUAUGGUGAAUCUGAAUAUGCAUUGUGGGAAGAUCAUUGGAUCUUGUGUUCUGAAAAACUUCAACAUUGGGAUAUUUUAACUGAUUUAGCAAGACAUGAAGGAUUUUCAGAUUUAUUAUUAGAAUGUGGUUGGAGAGUUGCUGAUUGGUAUAAUGAUAGAGAAACCUUAGAUCAAACCGUUAAAAAUGUUAUGGAUGUACCAACUCCACGUCGUCAAGUAUUUGAAACUUUUUUAUGUUUACAAGGUUAUGGACAAGAAAAAGAAACGUUACAAGACCUUUCCAAGUUAUGUGAUGAAGGUAUUCAAUUAGCAUUAAGAAAAUGGCAUGGAUUACCUAAAAGAUUCACAAAUGCGCAUAUUCCUUUGUUGCAUACUUUCCAACAAUAUGUUGAAUUUAUGGAAGCUAGUCAAGUUUAUGCAAGUUUGGUUAGUACAAAUGCUCAAAACUUGGAUGUUAAAUCACAAGAACUUAAAAGAGUAUUACAAGUUUGGCGUGAAAGAUUACCAAACAUUUGGGAUGAUAUAAAUAUUUGGAAUGAUUUAGUUACAUGGCGUCAACAUGCGUUCCAGGUUAUUAAUAAAGUCUAUAUGCCAUUCAUUCCUGUACUUCAACAAUCAAGUUCUGGAAGUAAUGCUAAUUCAUAUGCUUAUCGUGGAUUCCAUGAAAUUGCUUGGGUUAUAAAUAGAUUUGCUCAUGUUGCAAGAAAGCAUAAUAUGCCAGAAGUUUGUAUUAAAGAAUUAACAAGAAUAUAUCAAUUGCCAAAUAUAGAAAUUCAAGAAGCAUUUUUGAAAUUAAAAGAACAAGUUAAAUGCCAUUAUCAAAAUCCAAAUGAAUUAAAUACUGGUCUCGAUGUGAUUAGUAACACCAAUUUGGUUUAUUUUGCAACUCAACAAAAAGCUGAAUUCUUCACUUUGAAAGGUAUGUUUUUGAACAAAUUAAAUCAAAAAGAUGAAGCUAAUAAAGCAUUCGCAACUUCAGUUCAAAUUGACUUAAAUUUACCAAAAGCUUGGGCUGAAUGGGGUAUGUUUAAUGAUCGAAGAUUUAAAGAAAAUCCUAAUGAUAUGGUUUAUGCAAAUAAUGCAAUAAGUUGUUAUUUACAAGCGGCUGGUUUAUACAAAAAUGGUAAAACUAGAAAAUUAUUAGCAAGAAUCUUAUGGUUGAUUAGUUUAGAUGAUGGUUCAGGUACAUUAGCGCAAGCAUUUGAAAAUUUUAGAGGCGAAGUACCAGUUUGGUAUUGGAUUACUUUUAUCCCUCAAUUAUUGACUUCGUUGUCUCAAAGAGAGGCUAAAUUAGCUAAACAAAUUUUGGUAAGAAUAGCUAAAAGUUAUCCACAAGCAUUGCAUUUCCAAUUAAGAACUACCCGUGAAGAUUUUGCUGCUCAACAACGCCAAGCUAUUGAAAUGGCUCGUCAACAAGCUGCUGCUGCCGCUGCUAACAAUAACAAUAACAACAAUGGCAAUAAUAGUGCAGCAAAUGGAACUUCUGAGAAUGGUAAAAAUGAACAACAAAAUGGUCAUCAACCACAACAAUCACCACCGCAAAUCACUAUUCCAAAUUCAGUUCGUCAACCUUUGGAACAUGUGGAAGAAAUCAUGGCUAUUUUAAAAACUGCAUACCCAUUAUUAGCUUUAUCAUUAGAAUCAUUAGUUGAUCAAAUUAAUCAGAGAUUCAAAUGUACUGCAGAUGAAGAUGCUUAUAGAUUAGGUGUUGCUUUAUUGAAUGAUGGAGUUCAAUAUUUAAAUAGAUUAGGAAAUCCAAAAGAUGAUGCAAAAUUACCACCAGUCACUGAAGCUAAUAUAACAAGAUUUGCAGAAACUGUUUUACCAAAACAAAUAAGAGCAGAAUUUGAACAAGAUUUAGUAUUUUCAAAACCCAAUUUGGAAACAUAUAUCACAAAAUUAAGAAAAUGGAGAGACAGAUUAGAAGAUAAAUUAGAUAGAAGAUUUACAAAAGUCAAUUUGGAAAAUUUAUGUCCUCAUUUAAGUGAAUUUCAUCAUCAAAAAUUUGAAGAAAUUGAAAUACCAGGUCAAUAUUUAUUAAAUAAAGAUAAUAAUAGUCAUUUUGUUAAAAUUGAAAGAUUUUUACCAACAAUCGAUUUAGAUCGUGGUACAAAUGCUUGUUAUAAGAGAUUAAGAAUUAGAGGUCAUGAUGGUAGUCUUCAUACUUUUGCAGUUCAAUUUCCAGCUGCUCGUCAUUGUAGAAGAGAAGAAUCAGUUUUUCAGUUAUUUAGAAUUUUCAAUGAUAAUAUUUCAAGAAAAGUUGAAACAAGAAGAAGAAAUAUUCAAUUUACUUUACCAAUUGCAGUUCCUUUGUCUCCACAUAUUAGAAUUGUUAAUGAUGAUACAAGAGAUAUUACAUUACAAAAAAUUUAUGAAGAUUUUUGUAGAAAGAAUGGUAAAAGUAGAGAUGAACCAUUUAUUUAUACAGUUGAAAAAUUGAGAGCAGCAUUUGAUCAAAGAUUACCAAAACCCGAUUUAGCAAGUAUUAGAGUUGAAAUAUUAAGUGCUAUACAAACUUUAUUAGUUCCAUCAACAGUAUUGAAAAAUUAUUUCCUUAACCUUUAUCCAAGCUUUGAUAAUUUCUGGUUAUUUAGAAAACAAUUUACUUCACAAUAUGCAUCAUUUAUUUUUACAACUUAUAUGAUGUGUGUAAAUGCAAGACAACCACAAAAGAUUCAUGUUAACAAAGGAUCAGGUAAUGUUUGGACUUCAGACAUGUUACCAUGUAAAAUGCCAAAUAGAACAGAUUCAAAUCAAAAACCACAACCAAUAUUUGUUAAUGCUGAACAAGUACCAUUUAGAUUAACUCCAAACAUCCAAAAAUUAAUUGGAGACAAUGGAUUAGAAGGAAUAUUAGCAGUAUAUGUAUUAUGUAUUGCAAGAGCAUUAUUGGAACCAGAAUCUGAUUUAGAACAAUAUUUGACUUUGUUCGUUAGAGAUGAAGUUAUUAAUUGGGUUUCUCAAACGCCGGAAAAUAAUUUAAGAGAUGUUGUUAAAUCAAAUGUUGAAAGUAUCAUUAAAAGAGUAAUGACUAUGGGUCAUAUAUCAUCUGGUUUAGGAGUUGCCACUCAAAAUGUUUUAGAAUUAAUUUCACAAGCUGUUAAUCCAAGAAACUUAGCAGCUGCUGAUACUUUAUGGAUGGCUUACUUUUAA